AUGGCCUCUCCUCCCGAGGACCAGCCCCCCAAGCCGGCCCCCGCCAAGCCCCUCACGGACCUGGACUUCCACUCCGGGGUGCAGAUCGCGGAACUCAACCAACUCAUCCAGGAGUACCAAGCCAGGACCCCCCAGGGCGGGGACGCCCCCGAAUUGUUCCAAGCCAAAGAUCAAGUUUUCGGGCUGCUGGGUCAGGUCCAACAAUCCGAUGGGAAGUUGCCCCCGGUCAACCGCUACCUUCUUCUCUCCGGUGGGAUCCAGCAGGGCACAGUCCACGUGGAUUUUACCACCUUGCGCCCGCUUUCUCCCGGCGGUGACUACGAUGCCGGUUUCACGCUCCUGGUACCGGUUCUGAACGUGGCCGGCAUGCCCGUCACCUUGGACAUGACGCAGAGUCCCCCCGGACACACCCGGAUCAGCCUCCAGCCUUUUGAUGCCCCCACCCUGCGACGCUGGUCUGAGUGCAGCUGUGGGGAUCAGACGUUCCUCUCCGCGGAGCUGGUGUCCGAAUGGUUUUUCCGGGCGUUUUCCGCAGCGGCCAAAGAUGUCCGCCUCGAGCUUCGAGGCCGCGUCACCUCCGCGAUCAUCUGUGUCGGAUCCUACCGCGUCCUCUACGACAUCGUCCCCGUGGUGGCCUUUCGGGGGUGGCCCGAGGUGGCCCAGCCGUGGCUGAGCCAGGGACAUUUCUGGGACGGCAAAUUGAGGGACGAAGACGUGACGGCCGGCUUCUACCUCUUCCCGUCCACUUCCGGCUCGGAUUGGUACCUUGCCUUUUCGGCGAGCGAGCUGCAUUUGAGGCGCAGCCUUCCUCCGCCGCUGCUGUGGUCCUUGCGAGCCACCGUGGCCGCUCUCCCCUGGGGGGUUCUGCAGGGCCUGGAGCCGUACCACCUCUUCACCCUGGCCUUGUGGUCCUGCGAGCGACUGCCCAGCCGCUACCUGGCUCAGGAGGAGAACGCGGCGCACGCCUUGCUGGGUGUCCUGGAUGAUCUGUCGGCUAGCCUGGCCGAGGGACACCUGCCCAAUUAUUUCCUGCCCCAGUGGAAUCUCCUGCACGGCUUAUCCCACCAGGCCACGAGGAUCCUGGUGCGGGCGGUGGCCCAGGUGAGGGCCAACCCCACCAAGUACCUCUGCCAAGCGGUGGAAGGGGCCAAGGAAGCUAAACGGCGGGCCAAAGCAUAUCGGCGCCAACUGCCGACCCCUGCGGACUCCUAG